AUGCCGUUGGUCGUACUGGAGGCCAAGGACAUUGCCAGUCCGAUCUUUGUGGUGAGAACAUGGGAACUUUUGUCGAGUUGCCUCACCUUCAGCCUGGUGGCCUCGCUGGACCCCUCCGAGUUAAACAAAGACCCGUCGUUCGUACGCCAACACAACUCAUUCAGGGUGUUCUGCAUGUUCAUCUGGUGCUUCUUCUUCAUCGUCACGUUGCUCGUCCACGUUCUGAGCAUCAUCCAGUUUCACAGCCUCCUCCCCAUAUCCUGGAAGAACAUGACUGUGAGCGUGGCCAUCUUAGGCGCGUUAAUGUGUCUGAGUGCCGCUGUGAUUUUCCCUUGGAUCAUCAUGGAUCACGACCAAGUAAGGCCUCGCCCUGCGGUGGCCAUUGUGGCAUCCUGUCUCACAGUCUUGGCCUACAUCGCUGAGUGCUACGUGCUUCGUUGCCAAGCGCAGGAGCAGAGAGGCUACAUGUGCAGUCUGCCGGGCCUCCUGAAGGUCAUCCAGUUCUGGGGCGUCUGCGACUUUGCCGGGCGAUGUUUCAUGCCUUUCGACAGACUUUUGGCCGCUUUCAGUCUGACUGGAGUUCUGCUCUACAUGGUGACCACGGUGAUCUGCUUCACCAGAGUGCUGUACCUGAAAGGCCUCGGACAAAACUCAUUCCGGACCAGCGAUGAGAUGGUCCUCAUGGAAACGGUGAUCGCCUGCAUUACCCUCUUAGCUUACACGGUUGACUUUGCCUUCUCCAUUAAACUGUUGUGCGACAGGAGCCAUUCUUAA